CACGCCGCUCACGCUUUCAGGCUCGCGCACGUCAGCGCGUUCACGCCGUGACUAGAGCGAGCGAGCAAGUCUUCAUCAUCAUCAUCGUCAUCACCAUCAGAGCUCCAUUCAAUUUCUGGCCGGACGCUGACCAACUCAGAGCUACAACAAUGGCCUCCGGUGUGAAAGUGACGGACGAAGUGAUCGCCGUUUUCAACGACAUGAAGGUGCGCAAGGCUCAGGCCAACGAGGAGGAGAAACGGAGGAGGAAGAAGGCCAUCCUCUUCUGCAUGAGCAAGGAUCUGAAGAACAUCGUGCUGGAUGACGGCAAGGAGAUCCUGCUGGGCGACCUGGGCACCACCGUGCAGGACCCCUACCAGUACUUUGUCAAUAUGCUGCCGUCCGACGACUGCCGCUACGCCCUCUACGACGCCACCUACGAGACCAAAGAGACCAAGAAGGAGGACCUCGUCUUCAUAUUCUGGGCUCCUGAUGGCGCCCCCCUGAAAAGCAAGAUGAUCUACGCCAGCUCAAAAGAUGCCAUCAAGAGAAAGUUUGAAGGUAUCAAGCAUGAGUGGCAGGUGAACGGUUUGGAAGACCUGAAAGACCGGCAUACCCUGGCAGAAAAGCUUGGAGGUGGAUCAGUAGUCAGCCUGGAAGGCUGCCCCAUUUAAAUAUCGGCCCUUGACACCCCUCUCCCCCUCCACCACCACCCCAACCCCCUUUCCCUCUUUUCUGGCUUCUGGGGAGGCCUUUCAGACGCAUCUGUCGGGUUUAGCUGUUCGUUCCAGUAUGGUUUGGAGAAGGUAAAAAAAAUAAAAAUAAAAGCAGAAGAAUCAGAACCAGCAGUUUGUGGGACUCUCUAUGGGGUGGAUAUGGGAGGGGGUGCCAGCGACAGUUCAUAUAUAACAGGAGAUAAUUCCAAAAUCCGGACUGUCGUUCCCGUUUAAGAAUAUGAAUGAACAAAACACACAAUGGUGAAAAUGUUAGUCCAAUUGAAUGAAGGAUGAUGUGCUGUAUAAAGCUAAGGAGGGCUUUGUUCUAUUUUGAAGGGGGUAUGCAUCAACAAAUUCUGCUUUUUAUUUCAACUACAUUUUUUUUUUUGCCAAACUUGUAGGUAAGCUUUGUAACUGUAGUGAGAUCUGGUUUAGUGUAAACUAAUUCACACUCUCCAUUGCACAAGACGUAUCAAAACAUUUUCUUGGGGAACAAGUUAUAAUAUAUUUUCUGUUUUGAACAUGCAAAAUUCCAAAACUCGAGUAUUUUUUUUCUUCCCCGUUCUGACAACGGCAUUUGAUGUAGUUCACACAUUCCUCGUACCUUUUUUUUUUUUUUUUUUUUUUUCUUCAAACCAUUAUCUCAUUGGGAAAGAAAUAAAAUGUUGGCGUUGUGAAGGUCUUGAUGGAGAGCAAUGUGUAAAUGAAACACCGGUGACCAGAUUUGAGACUGAAUAUUGAAUGGUGGAUGUUUUGUAUCGUCUCCUAUCUAAUAAAAAAAAAGCACUAAA